GGGUAUUUGAGGAUAUAUUUCGAGGUUCGGCAGCGCUCAGCAGCUUUUUUGAGACGUGGUUGAAGCUUCGAGGGUCCAAUAGGAGAGGUACGGAGGAGGAGCACCCACUGGUAGCUUGACUAGACUGGACGUGCCAGGGUCUGAUCUCGCUGGUGCUGACGAGACGAACACCCGCGAUUCAAGCGCGCCGCCUGCUGCGAUCGAACAUCAAUCAAUGAUUGACGACUGUCACUCCUCAACACCACGACGGCAACGGCUUCGGACAUUAAUAUCGCAAAGUAUCUUGAGUAUUGCGCUCAGUAGAAUCAGAUAUGGCCGUCCCUCCGCCACCACAAUGGGUUCUUGACCUCAACUCUCCCCCCACCGCGAAAUCAAAAUUUCCAAGCAUUCCGGACCCCCCAGGAUUUACAGCAGCAGCAGGAAACAAGAAGCAACAAUCCUCCUCAUCCUCCUCCAAAGCCGCCACAGUCCGCGCCGCUCCCACAACCGCCGAGAUGGACACCUUGAAGCUCAAGAAGGCAUGGGAGGUAGCUCUGGCACCCGUCAAGCAAUUACCCAUGACAGCAAUCAUGAUGUACAUGUCUGGAAACUCGCUGCAGAUAUUCAGUAUCAUGAUGGUGGUUAUGGCGUUCAAGAAUCCAUUCAUGGGUUUACUGGCUACCAAUCAGGCAUUUGAGAAAUUCGAGAGCCCCGGGACGAACGGACAGCUGUUGAUGGUGAAGGCGGUUUAUGUGGCGAUGCAGAUUUUGGCGUUGGCUUUGGGCGUUUGGAAGGUGAAUGGGAUGGGACUUUUACCGACUACGAGAUCAGAUUGGUUGGCUUGGGAGACAAGGAGAGUACCCAUGGAGACUGCGAUUCCAGCAUUCUGAGUUGGUGUGAAUAUAGACCGACGAUGGAGAAGCGUUUAUGUGAUUUGGGACAUACUUACCCAGCUUCAGCAUUAGCCUUACUGAACUCAAUACAAAAUUCGCUACAAAA